AUGGUCCUAAUGCAAACUGCAAAAAUUGAUGCAUCAGAUCUGAUUGGAUCGAGAUUUGAAACAAUCAGAAUUCUCAUGGACUCUGGAUCUCAAAGAACGUAUGUUACCGAGGAAUUAGCUUCAAGAUUGAAUUUGAAAAGAAAAAGAACAGAGGAAAUAUCACUUGUCACCUUUGGAUCCACGAAACCAAAAAUAGUAAAAACUCCAAAUGUAUCUUUAAGAAUUAAACUGAAGGAUGGACACUAUAUGAGAAUUGAAGCAAAUGUUGUGCCUCAAAUAACCGGACCAAUACACAGAAGACCGUUAUCACCUAACAUCAUUGAAAAGGUACAGUGCCAAUGGAAACAUCUACAGUUUGCAGAUACCUUACCAAAAACUACAGAGAAUUCAACCAUAGACAUCCUUAUUGGGAAUGACUAUUAUCUUGAUUUGGUAUCAUCAGAAAAAAUUGAAGUUGACCAUGGACUUUACUUGCUCUCAUCAAAGGUAGGAUGGAUUCUCACUGGAAGAACACAAGCUAACUUUGAGGUAUCCAGAGAUAAUUUACACCAAAUGCUGAUUGUAAAUGGAAACAAUCUAACAACGGAAUAUUUUUUUCAUUCGUCUGUCGAUGAAUGUUUGCCCUUGAAGCCAUCACUAGACGAGUACUGGAACUUGGAAACUAUUGGAAUCAAGGAUCAGCCCCAUUCAUCAGAUGAUGACAAGGCUUUAAAAAACUUUAACGACACAAUAAAACUAGUCAAUGGUAGAUAUCAAGUCACUUGGCCAUGGAAGGAUGAGCAACCUGAACUCCCAGAGAACAGAGAACUUGCUUUUGGAAGGUUUAAAUCUCUACUUCAAAAAUUAAAAAAGAACCCUGAGCUGCUUCACCAAUAUGAUGGAAUAAUUCAGGACCAGUGCAAGCAAGGCAUAAUUGAAAAGGUGACAAAGAGCAGUGAAGUGAAGAAUAGUGUCAAACACUACAUACCCCAUCAUGCUGUCAUUGAUCCAACAAAACCUACCACAAAGGUACGGAUCGUCUAUGAUGCAUCGGCAAAGAUCAAACCAGAGUGUAACAGCCUUAACGAGUGUCUUUACAGAGGACCAGUGAUGCUAAAUGAUUUGUGUGGACUGUUGAUGAGAUUUAGAAUGAAAAGGAUUGCAAUUAUUGCUGACAUAGAAAAGGCAUUUCUACAGAUUGAAUUACAAGGAAAGGACAGAGAUGUGACAAGAUUUUUUUGGUUAAAGGAUAUUGAAACUCCAUCCACAGAGAACAAUAUUCAAGUAUAUAGAUUUACGAGAGUUCCAUUUGAAUUUAUAUCAAGCCCUUUUCUGUUGGCUGCAACUUUGGAUUACCAUCUUGGAAACUACAACACUGCAACAGCUGAAAACAUAAGAAGCAAUAUUUAUGUGGAUAAUGUUAUCACUGGUGUAGAGUCCGUCUCAGAGGCUAGGAAACUAUAUACAGACGCCAAAGAGAUCUUCAGUACCAUGUCAAUGAAUUUACGAGACUGGGCAUCUAACUCCACAGAAUUUAGCCAGUGUAUUCCUCAAGCUGAUCAAGCAAACAGAGAAACCAUAAAAAUUCUUGGUUUGUCUUGGAAACUUUCUGAGGACUCCCUAUUCAUAAACAGUCCAAAAGAUGAAACUCAUAUUCCACCUAUCACCAAGAGGAAAGUCCUUCAAAGAAUUGCUUCUGUUUUUGAUCCACUUGGAUUCUUCAUCCCAGUUACUUUGAGAACAAAGUUGUUUCUACAAACAUUAUGGAACCAAAAGAAAGAGUGGGAUGAAGAACUGACCAAAGAAGACAUUCAGCGCUGGGAAAAUAUAUCCGCAGACCUGGAUGAUAUUCCCAAUUGCCCUAUUCCUCGUUUUAUAGGACUCGCUGGUACAGUGACAUACAAUUUAAUGUGCUUUUGUGAUGCAUUAACUAAAGCAUAUGCCUGUGCGGUCUAUUUACACCAGAGCAACAAAGAAAGAAAUACGGUCAACCUGCUGUUUUCAAAAACUCGAUAA